AUGGAGAAUUACCAGAAGAUCGAGAAAAUUGGUGAAGGAACCUACGGUGUCGUUUACAAGGCCCGUGAAUUGAACUCGCCCAACCGUAUUGUCGCUUUGAAAAAGAUCCGUCUCGAGGCCGAAGAUGAGGGCGUCCCCAGUACCGCCAUCCGUGAGAUCUCCCUUCUCAAGGAGAUGCAGGACCCCAACAUUGUCCAAUUGCUGAACAUCGUUCACGCCGACGGCCACAAACUCUACCUUGUCUUUGAGUUCCUCGACUGCGAUUUGAAGAAAUACAUGGAGGCUCUGCCGGUUAGCGAGGGUGGCCGUGGUAAGGCUCUUCCGGAUGGUACCAUGAUGAACGCCAACUUGGGCUUGGGCGACGCCAUGGUGAAGAAGUUCAUGGCCCAGCUGGUUGAGGGUAUUCGUUACUGCCAUAGCCAUCGCAUCCUGCACCGUGAUCUUAAGCCCCAGAACUUGCUUAUCGACCGUGAGGGUAACCUGAAGCUGGCUGAUUUCGGUCUGGCCCGAGCCUUCGGUGUCCCCCUGCGUACUUACACCCACGAGGUCGUCACACUGUGGUACCGGUCUCCAGAAAUUCUGCUUGGUGGCCGCCAGUACUCUACUGGUGUCGACAUGUGGUCCGUUGGUGCCAUCUUCGCCGAGAUGUGCACUCGUAAGCCCCUCUUCCCCGGUGACUCUGAAAUUGACGAGAUCUUCAAGAUCUUCCGUGUCCUCGGUACCCCUGAUGAAAUUGAGUGGCCUGGUGUCACCUCGUUCCCCGAUUACAAGGCCACAUUCCCCAAGUGGAAGCGUCCCGAUGCCCCCAUCGUGCCCGGUCUGGAAGAGAAUGGUCUCGCCCUGCUGGAGUCGCUCCUCGAGUAUGAUCCCGCCCACCGGUUGUCUGCCAAGCAGGCCUGCAUGCACCCAUACUUCAAGAAUGGCAGCUCGUACUACUCGGGCCGCACUGUCGGCGCCCCCCGCAACGGCUAUCACUAA